CAGGACUGUGAGGAAAGAUCAGGUGAGCAGCAUGAAAAAUCAGACUAUUACAGUCAUCAGAUGCCACAAGAAAGAUUAAAGGGGUUAGUCACUCAAUCAGUUUACAGCUGUGCAAGACAGAAGCAACCUCAGCCUUUUAGGAAAGCAUAGAUCUCUGCACCAGACAUGUGGCAAAGAACUGCUCUCAACAACAUAUGGCAGAUUUCCCUGGUUCUCUGCUCCAUUAUUGUGUUCAUCAUACAGGGGCAGAAGCAACCUUCAAUGCUGGUAGUGGACACUGAAUAUGGGAAAGUCCAAGGCAAACAAGUGAGACUGCAAGGAUUUGGCAUACCUGUCCAUGUUUUUCUGGGUGUUCCUUUUGCCAAACCUCCUCUUGGACCCUUGAGAUUCAGUCCACCACAGCCUCCUGAGCCCUGGGAGUAUGUGAAGAAUACCACUACAUAUCCACCCUUGUGUCCCCAGGAUAUAGUUGUGUCACAGAAACUCUCUAGCCUUUUCUCCAUACGGAAUGAAACUUUUUCAAUGACGUCUUCUGAAGAUUGUUUGUAUCUAAAUAUUUAUAGCCCAUCUAACCUGGCAAUGAAGACCAAGUUACCGGUAAUGGUAUGGAUCCAUGGAGGAGGGUUGAUGAUGGGUGAGGCUUCAACCUAUGAUGGACUGGCCCUCUCAGCUCUUGAAAAUGUGGUAGUGGUGUCCAUUCAGUACCGCCUGGGAAUCCUAGGGUUCUUUAGUACUGGAGAUGAACAUGCUAGAGGGAACUGGGGUUAUUUAGACCAAGUGACUGCACUCCACUGGGUCCAGAAGAACAUUGGUAAUUUUGGAGGAGACCCAAGCCUCGUGACCAUCUUUGGAGAGUCAGCAGGAGGUUUUAGUGUUUCAGCUCUGAUGCUGUCUCCUUUGACCAAGAAUCUCUUCCACCGGGCCAUUUCCCAGAGUGGGGUUCUCUUUAUGGAAUCUCUGUUCAGUUCCAACAUCAAACCAGCUGCUGAGAAAAUAGCCACCUUUUCUGGAUGUAAAACAACUACAUCAGCCGUCAUGGUUCACUGUAUGCGGCAGAAGACAGAGGAGGAGAUCCUAAAUACAACUCAGAAGAUGGAUUUAUUCCACCUGAAUUUCCAAGGAGACCCCACAGAGAAAUUUCUCUUCCUACCUGCAGUUGUGGAUGGAGUAUUUUUCCCCAGAAGUCCCAAGAAGCUCUUGGCUGAAAAGAAGUUCAAGCGCAUUCCCUACAUCAUGGGAAUCACCAGCCAUGAAUUUGGUUGGUUUCUUCCAAAUAUUCUGGGAUAUCCUAUAUUAGAGGAUGAACUGGAGCAAGCAAAGGCCACGGAACUAUUAUGGCAUUCUUACCCACUUCUUAAAAUCCCCAAAGAACUUACUCCAAUGAUAACUGAAGAGUAUCUUGGAGGGACAGAUGACCCUGUCAAAAAGAAAAGCCUAUUUCUGGAAAUGCUAGGAGACUUGACAUUUUGGAUCCCAACUGUGAUUUUAGGUCAACUUAACAGGGAUUCAGGUGCACCCACUUACUUGUAUGAAUUUCAACAUCGGUCAAGUGUUUGGGGAAACUUGAAACCAGCAACAGUCAAGGCAGACCAUGGGGAUGACAUUUUUUCUGUCUUUGGAUCUCCAUUUUUAAGAGAUGGUUCCCCAAAAGAGGAGAAGCAACUUAGCAGGAUGGUGAUGAAAUAUUGGGCAAACUUUGCCCGGAAUGGAAACCCCAAUGGUGAAGGGCUACCAAAAUGGCCUAGAUAUGAUCAGAAUGGAGAGUACUUUCACAUCAACAUCACCCCCAAAGCAGCCAAGAAACAGAAGGAAAAGGAGGUGGCAUUUUUGACUGAGCUCUUGACAAAGGAAACAACUGGAGUGAAGAUAGAGCAUAGUGAAUUAUGAUCUGGAUGGAUAUGUUGGCUCUCCUUCAUAAGAAGCCUUAGUGGAACUAGAUGAGAAGACAUUUUUUCUUUCGCAUGGGUAUCUAGGACUCUGAUCAUGAGAGAGCUUCUCAAUAUGAAUGAGAUGAAUGAGGCUGUUCAGAACCAGAAAUAGAUGCAAUCAGCCAUGCAUUAGUACAUUUGGAAUGGGGGUGAAGGACUGAAGUUUUGACAUGAGAGACCAUGAGGACAUGAAAGACCUGUAGGAGUUUCUUCUUUUCAUAGUGCUUCAAAGAAUCAGUUGGUUUUUGUGUGUGGGGUUAAUUUGGGUUGUAUUAAAUAUAAUCUACUUUUAAAAA